GGGUGCGGGCAGUCAGGCAGGAUGACGAGAGAGCAGUAGAAAGAGAGAAGUUGGUGGAGGUUAGGUCGGUGGCGCAAAGAAAGAAGAAUGACUGGUGGCCAGCGGCGACGGUGGACUAGCGCCUGUGCUACUCGAGUGGGAUGCCGGGACGUCGGGGGAAGCCUACUGAAUAGUGAGAGAAAAGGACGAAGAAUCAAUCGUUCGUAGGGAGGAGAAAGAAAGAACGAUAGUACGCUCGACGCGGGAGUGGGGGAAGCACGGUGAGAGACCGAGAGUGCGGCAACGUGAAGGGGAACGACGCGGCAAGGGACAAAAGAGUGAGAGAGCGAGCUUGAAACGUUAGAGGGGAAGGGAAAGAUCGUUUCAGUGGGAAGCAGCCGCAGUCGUCGCUGGUGGUGGGGAUGAAAAUUAGUUACGGCAUCUACCAAGACCUAAAAGGAACUCUGUGCGCGGCGCGGCCAGGCCACUUCGUGCAAUGUUACGCGUUAAGGUACCCCCGUGCGUCGUUGGCAGUGCCCGGUUUCGAAGCUCAUCGUCGUCGUCAUCGUCAUCGUCGUUCUCGUUUCUGUGUUCGACGUGACGGUCAAUCGUCACGCUACGAAAGAGUUCCGUGCGUUAAAUACAACAGGCGUUAUGGCUCACGGCGAGGUGCUUGGUGAGGGAAAUACAGCAGUGAAAAUGGUGCAUCAGAAACAGCAGCAACAGCAGCAACAGAACUCGAGGAAAUCGGUCGGUGUGAUGGGUAGCAGACGAAUAUUCGCGCCGGCCUUCAAGCUCAAGGUUCUCGAUUCGUACAGAAACGACAUCGACUGUCGUGGAAAUCAGCGAGCCACCGCGAGGAAGUACGGGAUUCAUCGACGUCAGAUACAAAAGUGGUUACAGUGCGAGGAUAAUUUGAGAAACAGUUGUGCCGAGACUGGGAAUACCAACAGCGGAGUGAUCUCGACAACGGUGAUUUCUCCCGUGGGUGUUUCCAAGCCGGACGGUACCGUGACGGAAGCCACGACGGGGCCUGCCGUGACUCCAGCAGCGCCGGCCUUGAACCUCAGCCUCGCCAGACUGCACGGCGACGAGCUGGCUACACAGCAAGGGCCCCCACCUCUUCUUUCUCAUCCUCCUCAUGGUGGUUCACCCCCUUCGCUCCAAUAUUCGUCGCAAUCUGGAACGGUUGCGGCGCCGGUUUUGUCCGUUCGUCUCGGUUAUCAAGAAUAUUCCGCCGGCAAUUCGGAGCAACGUCACUCUCGUCGAGAAACGGAAGAUCAUCGAGUACAGGUAACGAUGGACGUUCGUGGUUACUCGGAGACACGCGCGGACGAAGAAUCCACGUACUACGUUUUAAAUUCUGACGGGCAACGAGAAGGCGAGAACUUUAUCGACGGUCGCAACGAGACAAAAGUAUAUCAGACUCUGACAGCGUAUCGAGCUCCUCUUCAUCAGGAACAUCACCGAUACACUGGUAACGAGAGUAACGAAAUCGCGGUCACGACGUCGUCGUUACUUCGACAUCGUUCAUCGACGCCGAAUAAUACUCAUCGUCAUCAAAACCAUCGAUCUCAACAAAAUUACGGAGAUGUUGAUUCGUCUUCUUCGAUGGAUGGAAAAUCAUCGUCAUUGUCGUUGUCGUCGUUGUCAUCGUCGUCAUCGUCGUCGUCGUCGUCGUCGUCGUCCUCUUCCUCAUCACCAUCGUACGGAUCGCUGCUAGCGCCGUCCAUGAUAAAGACGGAACGAGCGAGCCCAGACUCGGCGGCGACGUCAGGGCCGUGUGAAUCGAUGAAUUCUCCCGGCGUCUUAAGGGUCCCACUCUCGCCGGUUUCGUAUACAGCAAACGGCACCGGUACCAACUCUAGCUCCAGCUCCACCUUUACCACGUCCGUUCACUUCGACACCUCACAGACUUCCACAAGUCCGUGUUCGCACGUGCAUGUGCACGAGCACGAGCACGCACACGCGUCACCAACCUGGGAUUCCGAGAAACCGAUCCCGCACCAUCAAUCGCAGCAACACCAGAGUGAAUCGAAGAAAACGACGACUACCACGACUCAUAUUCACGAAGAAAAGGCAACGGAAGACGUUGCCGAAGAACCAGAAAUCGGUAGUAGGGCGACGAUUAAGAAAGAGAUUCAAUUGGAGAAUAUUUCACCGCCGAUCGUCGAUUAUCAAUUACCACUUGCUGCUACCUCAACGCUUGCCGAUUCCUGUCCGGUAAGUCCCGUACACGAUCGAGAAGGAUAUUCUUUGCCCUCGAGCCCUCGAGGCGCGGCCAGCUCUGGUAGAUCCAGCAUCAGUUGCUCCGAUAGCGAAAUGGAUCCUCUUGACUGUUCUUCCGGCAGCCACAAUUCGUCCAACGACCUCGCUCGUCGACGAUCUUUCUCUCUUCGAUUCAAAUUGGACGUUCUGGACGCUUUUCAUCGAGACGUCGGCGUAGCGGGCAAUCAACGCGCGACCGCCAGGAAAUUUGGCAUAAACCGGCGUCAAGUACAGAAAUGGUUGGGGCAGGAAACGGAGCUGCGAGGCGAGAUUGCCCUUCGUGGAAAUUCCAGACAACGGCUCGGCCCUAUCCAGGAUGCCGCUUCCGGUGACUCACCGGUGGAUCUGAGCACGUCGAACUACGUUUCGAAAUUAUCGCAAGAUCGAAUCGAAGUUGAGUACGAGCAAUCGCCACCGCCUCUUUACUGUUGCGACGUUGGUUCCUCCCCCUCGCAACAUCUUCCGUACUACCAGCAUCCAGCCGCUGGCUCUUCCGAGAGCGAGCCCGCCGUUUCUUGCAAUCUCGCCUGUUGCAUGGACGGCCACGCCGUAACACCAGUCGUAUCGUGCUACCAAGAAACUUCCUUAAGAGGAUCUUGCUACUCCGACUCGCAGACCAGGCUGUACUGUUAUUCUCCCCGGGAGUACUCCGAGACCACCUUGGUAUUCGAACACUCGGAGGAAUUGUCCUCGCCUUUCAAGAGACAGCACUGCACGCUCUCUUGCUGCUACGAAACUCUUCCGUCACCGAAGAGGCUCUGCUUGGAAGCUGACGACUCGAUCAGGAUAAAUUCCAAUCAAGAAGUGCCUCCCCAGGAAAUGCCACUCUGUCUGGUGAAACCGAAAAGGCUCAUCGAUACCUCCCCGUCAAGAACGGAACCGGUAACGAGCACCGUGCCGACACCACCGGCAUCUACUGUACCUGCUCCUUCGGAUCCAACGUUGAAGGACGCCAUUCUAUUUAAACCGUAUUUGGACAAUCCCGUGAGCAAACCUAACAAAGAGAACACGAUUCAAAGAGGCUUGUCGCCAGUCAGUAAUCAGAAUGUCAUCGUUAACAACAACAACAACAACAACAACAAUAACUGCCAAAAUAUCUGUAAUUUGAACGAAGGUAGGAGCCACGACUACGCUCUCGAACUGAGCUUAAGAUUACCAGUAUCCUGGAGGACUCACCCGAGUCUGUACACCGAGUUUCCACAAAUCAGGAGUGCGUUCGUUAGAUAUCCAGCAAGUCCUCAUUAUACUUAAUUGGUAAAAUCACGUCUAAUUCUCGAUUACGCGAAACAGGAGCGACCGGUUACUUUAUUUUUUUUUUGGUAAUGUCGAUUCAUUCGUAAAUUAGUCCCAAGGAAUCGAUAUCUCAAACAAGGCAGUUUUUCGAGAAACCGAUAUUGAAUCAAAUGUCGUCGGUGAUACUUCAGAAAUCGGUAAAAUGAAACUGUAAUUAAUAUUUUAUCAACAUCAAAGGCGUUGAGAUUGAUUCCUAGGUUGUCGUCGAACGGCAAAUAUCCCCUGAAAAGGAUUUACCGAGGCAGGAUCGAUCGGUACGUGAUCUACGACACGUCGCGAUGCCACGUAAGCGUUUAUCAUUUUUCUCGAUCGUCGGUGUAACGUCAUACGUCGCGAUAAAGUCUUAAUCGACCAUUGGAUGAAUCGGGAUGUGGAAGAAGAUUAUACAGUCUCUUCUAACUUCUUUGGAUUUGGACUUUUCCUCUUGCUAUCCUUCACAAAGUUUUCUCAUUCCUCCUUCUUCCGCCCCCACUUCAUGAUAAAAAUUCACCGUAAAGUGAUACACACACGGGAAAGUUUUUUCCGCGUCGGUUUUUAUCGUCGAGAUUAGCUCGUUCGACGGCUAUCGGCUAGGCCGUUUAGAGGUCGAGUGUAUUCGCUAUAAUUACGGAAUUAUGUCAGUCUGAGCAUGAUAUCGAUCACGAGGAAAACUCGGUAGCGUGGUUUCUCGCGCGACGCUUUGCCGGUUGCGUAACACAAUGCGACGGCACCGCCUUUAUUUUGCUGUAAAUUACUUUCGUAGGAAACACGAUCGUAAUGAGUAACGCGAGAAACAGUUACCGAUUUUUCUUCUUCGAUCGAUAUCCCGAUACCGGACUUUUCCAUAAAUCGACGUCGCUCCUCUCGUUCUCGCGUCCAGUCUAGAAUUGAUCUCUAGAUAUCGUUUAAUUGCUCAAACAAUUUCUUCCAUGUGCGUCGUGCACGAUGCGCAAGUAUUAUGACAGGGUUUUGUCUCCAUUUUUCCUCUCUUUUUUUCUGUGGAACUCUCUCCCCCCUCUCGACCAGUCACGUGAUUUUUUAUUCCCUUUGGCAUCUCGUAUUUCGAUUAAAUUUCCUGUAAAUAACUGCGGCGAAAUUGCCGAUUGUGUUGUUACGUCCUUGCCGAUUCGAAGGAUUUUUAAAUAUGCGAAAUCGACAUUUUCCCUGUACGUAUAACUGUCAGAUUCACUUGGUCUUUUAGAUAUUUGCAAAAAAGACUGUCGGUGCUACAAUAAAUUCUGUUCGUAAUCACGCGUUCAUAGCAGCGUAUGCGUCAGCAUUGUUUGUCGAUCGCCUUAUGGCGGGCGGCCGGAUAACAAAAUAUGAACCAAUCUAAACCCACUUCUUAUCUUUUGUUUAUAUAAAUCCAAUAUAUAUCACCGACGUUAAUUCGAAUUAAUCGAUAUUUUAUUAUUCGCAACCAGCACUGACACAAACGCAAUCAUGGAUGCAUAAUUAUUAGCAAAAUUCAGAUUUUUUGUAUCUCUUUUAAAUAAGUUCAGACAUAUAUAGAACAAAGGUGUGUAGAAAAUGUUGAUCCAUAUUCAAAAUUCAUCGAAGUCAGAGAGGACAUAACUGGCAAAUUGACCAAUAAAUGUAAAUACACCAUUGUGGGAGGAUCGAGCUGAAUAAAUUCGAAUUUCCAAGGUGUUGUGCGCGUUUAUUAAGAUGAAUUUGGCCCGAUUGUCUCGCCUUGUGUCGCCAUUCGUGGAUAUUUUUGUAUCGAGUUUGCGAACCCGAGAAGGAAGGAAAGGGACGAAACGUCGAAGAAAGAUGAGGAUUUGACGAGAAUUUCGUUACACACGCUAGCCUUCGAGGCCACCAUCCGUGCCUUUCUUCUUGUUGAUCCUAGAACAAACGCGUAAUCCAAUUUCGAACAAACUUACAAUGUAGAUUUAAUCGUAUAUCAGAGCUAUAUUUUGUAUAAAUUUGUACGUUGAUUCUGAAAUCGGCGAGAAUAAAAAGGGAAUUUCAACAUAUCGAAACUAUCGGACUUGGAGUAUGUACUGUCAACGAACGAAAUAGCAAUGAAAGUAUUUGACGUUGCUUUUUUAAAGUUAUUUCAAAAUUUCGAAAUAUCUAUAAUGCAGCAAAGUUACUUUAAGUAUGUUUAUUGCUAUUUCAUUUGUUGUAUGUUCUCCAAGUUCGGUGUGAGACUGAUCGUAAGGAGAGACUUUCAAAAAGGACACAUAAGAACGCUCCGUAAAAAUCCGCGUGCCUUACACUGUAUAACAUAGAAAUUAAAAUCACAGAGGGACUCAAAGCUGUUUCAGCAUCGAUUUAGAAGUACGUUCGCGAUCAUAAUUUAGGAUGCCGCACGGGAGGAAUUAUCUUAAUUAUUCUUAUAAAUUAUUCCAGACGUUUAAUAUCGUUUCUGAUGUUCGUUCUCCGACCAGCUUAUUUCGAUUCCCGAAUGUCGAAAACGUGUCAAUUUUUAUCGUGUAAACAAUCGUCGAGUCUAUCGCGAUGAAGAAAGUUUAUGAAUCAGCGGUCGGUCACUAAGGAAAAAGAAGCUCGGAAGCCUCGUUCCGUUUUCUGCGUCUAAUAAUCGAUCAUUAUCUAUUGGAGUCGAUUGGAACGAGAUACAAUUCGCGCGAAGCGUGUGCCACGAUCGGCGAAAAUAGAGUACGGUCCACCGUGAAAGUUUCCCUCGGAUAGGAAACCAAAAAUAGCGUUCCACGAACGUUCUGCGAUCCGGCGAUUGAGCACGUCGCAGCAAAGAAGGGCAAUUUUGUAAAUUACCAUCGCAGACAGAGCAGUUACGUCAAUGUUUCAAUAUUCAGGCUCAAUCGAGCUCGUUCCAAGCGCGUCUAAUCUCACGCGUUGCGACAGCCGCGUGCAUUAUCGACCAGUGAAAAUGCACUUGCACUGUUCGUGGAUCGCAGCACGCACAGCUCGACGAUAUUUACCUGAACGCGUAGCAAAAACUACAUCACUCUAGUUUUCUACUCUUGUUUCCCAUCGAGAUUUAUCGAAAUUCAUCUUUCUGGACGAGCAAUCGACCUCGAGAAUCGAAGAUUUGCCAAGGUGGGAGAGGAAACGGUAUUAUUAACCUUGUCCGCGUUCAUCGAUAGGGUCAAGGUGGCAAUGUACAAUAAAAUGUAGCGUAAUCUUAAGCCAUAAUGAAUUAUAUAAUGCCAUAACAACGUUUUACAUAAUAAACGUAGCGUCGAACCGACUGACGAAAGAGCGGGAGAGAGAGAGAGAGAGACAGAGUGAGCGCGUUCGUACAUGCUCGAUAGCGCGAAAAAUAAAUGCGUGCGUGAGAUUGCGUGAGUGUCGGCGCGCGUUUCGAACGUGCGCACGCGUAUGUUUCGUAUGCACAGCCCACAAGAGUCUAUUAAACGAAGCAUAAAGCAUUGUAUAAGCAAUAUUUUUUAAGUGCAUCAAACUGUGUGAACGGAAAGCGAAGAGGGGGAGGAGGGGCAGGGGGAGAGGAGCAAGGGGACACGAAGGAGAAUGAACGGUUGGUUCGAAAUGGUAGGGAGGAAAGCUCCGUAGGCGAGCCCCCGCGUUUCAAACCUACGUGUAGGCAAACCACACAUACACACAUACACACACACACUUGUAUCGUACAUAUGUAAAAAAAUUUAUAUUAUAAUGUUAAACGAUAGAGACAAAACGAGAUAUAUAUAUAUAUAUAAAUAUGUAUAUGUAUACAUAAUUAUUAUAUUUUAUUACAAAGUUGUAUGUAAUGUACAAUCAAAGCGCCUGAAAACUCGCCCGGUGCCUUCGAGAGAUCGCUCGUGCCUUACAGCUUCGCUAGCGCGAGAAGGAAUCAAGAACCAAAGUGUCUCGCGUCCUUAGAACGAGCCACGUGAAGGAAGCGUUCCCGUGUGUGGCUCCUGGCAAGGAUACGUUCAGCAGAAAGAGAACACUGGUGACUUGUCCAAACGUGUAAUAAUAUCAGUAUUCAAAUUUAUUUGUUUAUUUAUUGAUCGCUAAUUUAAUUGCGUCAAACGAAACCAGCCUUUCUCUUCUUGUCUGCUUUUUUUCUUAAUCAAAUCGAUCAAGAUAAUAAACUAUUCUUUUCUUCAUUUCUUUUUCCAUCUGAUAUGUAAUAUUUUCAGUCCGUCCACUGUACAUCUCCAGUCAUUCUGAUUGAUUAUCAUUGAAGUUGCAUUCAAAUAUCAUAAAUCAUCCAAAUGAUAAAUGAGAAAUUGCGUCAGUCGAACGUGAACUCGUUCUGAGGGUUGAUCGAGAGCUAGAAAUCAACAAAUCGGGUUCCCUCGUCGAGAGAGGCAGCUCAAAGUGUGAUAAUCGUAGAAUCGCCGAUAUCUAUGGGGCUUAUCUAUUUUUUUUUCUCUCUUUUGUACAACUGAGAUUCGUCGGCGAGUAGCGUUAAACAACGGCGAAAGUAACGAUACUCCGUAUAUAAUCUGUCCGCGUUUUUCUCAAUUUGUCGGCAAAAUUUGACCGAUUAUCAACCAUAUCCGUUAUUGUGAUUCAUCGAGAAUAACGUGAGAUAGCGUGAGAGGAAGAGACUGAAUUUAUUCGGAGAGAAAGAGAGAGAGAGAGAGAGAGCGAGAGAUAGAGAGAGAAUGAUUGAAACCGAUCCUAAUGUACGGUGAGACAGGCAUCAUCAAUUUGUCGUUUAUCGUCUUUUUGUAUCCUCGAGAAAAUAAAAAUCAUUAUAUAAAAAAUUGUAUUAUAUACACACGCGUAGAUUAUGAAAAUUUGAGAGAAAAUAUAAGAGAUUAUUUUAAAAGAAAU